AUGAAUAUUCUUAUCCUAUGGUGUCUUUUUUAUCCAAUACUAACUAAAAUAAGUACUUCCUCGCCGUCAUCACCAAGCUCAAGUAAUAAAAUUCCAUUAUAUACAAUUGAAGGACAAGUCGUCUUUCCAUCUGAUGAAAAUGUUCUUGACAAUAUACGUAUACUAGUUGAUGAAAGUCAGUACAUCGGUAUACCCAGAGUCGAUGGCACGUUUGUUGUAUCGGGAAUACCAAGUGGUUCAUACAUCGUUUCAGUUAAUUCGCCAUUUCAUAUCUUUGAACCAGCACGUGUCGAUAUUAAUACCAAAGGAAAAAUUCGUGCACGUGCAGUUAAUUUUAUUGAACCAGGCAAAGUUGUUACAAUGAAAUAUCCGCUACGCUUCGAAUCACAUACGAAACCGAAUUAUUUUCAAAAACGUGAAGAGUAUAAUCUGAUUGAUAUUCUUUCGAAUCCAACGUUUUUUCCAAUAAUCUUAGCAGUAAUUUCAAUUCCUUGA